ACUAUAAUUCUGCAAAACGUAACAUUAUUAACCCUGACUAAUUUCCAUCUCCAGGUUGCAGACUUUUUACACAGAAUCCUAAAUAAUAAUAAUAAUAAUAAUAUAAUAAUAAUAAACACACGCCUAUUGCACAUGUUAUUUUUUUGACCCAGUCGUUCAGUGUGAGCCGUGCUUUAUUUGGGCAGUGCGUGUCCCGGGCGAGUCGCACAGGAGGAAGUGCGUGUGCUUUCAGGGUGUCUCUGUAGUAACCGGGCCCUUCCUGCUGGUCACAUUGACAGAGGAGCUCUCUGCGAAACCGGUCUCUGCAAAGAUACAUUAGCGAAAUCGUCGGCAGCAGCUGGAAGCACUAUGAAAAUCUGGACUUCAGAGCACGUAUUCAACCACCCGUGGGACACUGUGACCAAAGCAGCUAUGCAGAAGUACCCGAACCCCAUGAACCCCAAUGUAGUGGGAGUGGAUGUGCUGGACAGACACAUUGAUGUCCAGGGACGGUUACACAGCAGCAGGCUGCUCAGCACGGAGUGGGGGCUGCCUUCCAUUGUCAAAUCUCUUAUUGGGGCCACAAGAUCCAGGACGUACGUCCAGGAGCACUCGGUGGUGGAUCCUUCACGACAUACUUUUGAACUGAAGUCGACUAAUAUUACGUUUACCAACCUGGUAUCUGUGGAUGAGAGGCUGAUUUACAAACCUCACCCCCAGGAUCCUGAAAAGACUGUGCUAACACAGGAGGCCAUCAUCAGUGUGAAGGGAGUCAGUCUCAGCAGCUAUUUGGAAGGGGUCAUGGAGAACACCAUCUCUUCUAAUGCCUGCAAGGGCCGCGAGGCGAUGGAGUGGGUGAUCCGACGACUGAACACGGAAAUCGAAGAGUUAGCCGCGGCGGCCAGGAGCACCAUUAGGACGCCGAUGGCAGCGGCAGUCACUGACAAAUGACAUCCCUGACCUUGCAACAGGCUGACUCAUAUCAGGCUCGACUCUGAGUCAUCCACAGCUUCUCUUUGUGCUGGUUUUGUAUUUAUUUAUAUACAUGUAAAAUAUAUCUCAAAGUCCUUCUAUUUAAGAGAUUCAUAUCUAUAUUAGAUAUCAUUUAGACUGAGCACAAAGAGAAGCUGUGUAGGUUUAUUUAUUACCGAAAGGUGUAAUGCAUGACCGGUGAUUUUUUUUAAAGGAUCUGCGUUCUAGUAUUAAUCUGCUGAAUGUUGCUGGUUUUGAAAGUUAAUGCUGGAAUGUUAAGUGUAAUUGUGUGAACAUGUUGGUGCGGAUGUGUUUUUAUGUGUGGACUUGCACAUAAACACAUGGGAUCUCGGAUCCUGGAACUCAUGCAGAGAUGACAAGCCAGUGGACACUUUGUGCAGAAGUGUUAUUUCCACGAUCCAAGCCUAAUGCAAACGAUUAAGUGGAGAUUGAGCAGAUUGACCAGGGACAAAAACGGCAAUGAGACCUGUGAACCUAUGUGCCAUCUCUCUGUCACAAAAAGACAUGAUGAAUACAUAUAAUUCAUUGUAAAAUGAAUAUACAAAUAUUUAGGUAGUAAUGUGAAGGUCAGUUUCCUUAGAUAGAAAGUUUGCAUUUAACUUUUUUCUUUUUGUUGUUUGUUUUAGUUAUGCGCAUGUGUUUCAUGAUCACUUUUUAAUACUUUAACGCAGAUUCUUUCUCGGUCAGACUAAGGAGUCAGCAACUGCCAGAUUAUUCUGGCAUAUCAACACUUGAAUGUCAAGUACUGUACAUUUUAGUAUUAUAUAUUCAAUCUGAAAAAUGAAGGGGGUGUUUCCACAUGAAGCAAACCCUGGAGUUUUAAAGUGGACCAUUUGAAACACCUAGGUGUUGGUUAAUGCACAGUGUUAAAGUUCACUUCCUCUCGAGCUCAGGGGUUGAUAGAGUGAUUACAGAUUACUGAACAAAGAAGGACUGUACUGCGCAAGGAACAGCCUGUGUUCCCCCUGGGUGAGACUGUAUCCAACUGGUGAAGGAUAAAAUGUAAGAGAGAGCAACAUGAAUUGUUAAACACACUUGUGCACAAACAAACAAAAACAGGAAAUUAGAAGCAGUAGAAUCUCUUUAAUGUUCCCAGCGCUGAUAACAGUUCACCAGGUUUAGAAAAUCGGUCCCUCCAGCAGAUUACUUUGCUAGAUUCAGUGUGGGAUUUCUGUUUCAAAUCCUGCAAAGAUUCAACUGCAGGAAUGUGAAACCGUCUCUCCCUGCUCCCCAAAUAAUAAUCAGUAAAUAAUAUAAAGCCUGUUCUGUUUUAGCUUAUUCAUCACAGAAGUACAUUGAUGCAACCAGAUCCUGGAGUUAUUUGGCAAGUGAGACUUUUUAUUUCAGAGUCCGUACACAGAUGGAACUUGUCUUCAGUACAGACAGCUGAGAGUAAUGUGUAGCCUAUGGAGUUUUGGUGUUUUUGUUUUAUUUGUUUGUCUAACAGAAGUGGAUACCUCAUUUUGGCAACCUAAGGGAGCAAAUUACCCAAACUAGAACAGAAAUCCUGCUGCAUCUUACAGUAAAUCCAAAGGACACCUCCCUGUAAGGUGACAGAACGUAGGCACAGUGUGAUGUAUCUGUUUUCAGUUUGCAUCUGUAUAUUGUGGAGAAUUCCAUUCCAAUGUUUCGCGCUGCAGGAAUAUGAAUGAAAUGUACAGAAAGAGGUAG